AGUCCUCUAGUAGCUGUCUGCGAAUAAAGAGAUUCUUUUGGAAAAUCCACCUUCCUCUUUUGCACCCAAUAUUCGUGUAUAUGCAAAAUUAAUACAAAUUUCCAGUGAGUUUUCAGUGAAAAUGCAAACAAAGUGUUUACUAUUUUGUAUUCUGUCCAUCACUAGUCUCGUUGCUAGUGAGAACAAUCAGGAUUUGGACACAUUUAGCAUAGACAAGUUUGCCAACACUUCAUCAGUGAUACAAAGUUUGGAUAAAACACAAAUUGGAUACAAUUAUGCUUUUGGCCAAUCACAUGCUUCAGGAUACAAAAGCAAAAAUGUUGAGCACCAUCUCUUCACACCCAUAGUCGAGCAUGCGUCCAAUGGUACUAAUUAUGUGAUAUUUGGAAAUCGAGUUGAAGGCGACAUCUUGGUGGCUAGAACUUCUCAGGUUUCUUAUACAGAUAAUAAAACUGAGAAACUGAGACUGGAAUUCAGUGGAUUUGCACACAUGUCGUAUGUUGUCUUUGAAUCUGAUGAUCCAAACUUCACAAUGAACACCACAUUCAAGGAAAAUUAUGUUUUGGCUGAUUUCAUUUUCACUAAACCACUGAAACCAGCAACAGUAACUCUGACAGCAUAUGGCUUCUACCCAGAUUCCUUGCCAAAAACUUGUUUCUUAUUCUAUUACAACUGUACAAUUCGGAAAUAAAUAAAUUUUCAGUUUAAAUU